AUGGCGCGGCCACCGCAACGGCCAGAGCGUGACAUUAUCGACCUGACCGAAGAACCGGACAGCCCUGUUUUGCAGCACGCGCAACAUUUCUCCUCUCCCUCUCGAAUGGUGGCUCGAUCGGCCGCCCGGUCGGCGGCACGGUCUGCAGUGCAGACGGCAUCGCGAACGGCACUUCGAUCGUCUGCGCGAGCGGCCGAAUCUUCUUCACGAUCCUCGCAAACGCAGACGCCACACGUUAUCGACUUGACCGAUGUCGCCGACGACGAUCCCCCCUCAGCCGCUGCUGAUGCCGGCGCGCAUCGGCACCUUCAUGCGCAGCAUAUGUCGCAGCAGCGUCAACGGUUUCGACAGGCACAGCAACAAUACCGCGAAUCCGGGCACGGCCUUUUAGAAUCAUUGCAUCUAUCUAUGCAAGAUUACGCCAACAUGCCAUUUGCCGGUGAAGGGUCUUACAAUGCAGGCGACGGAAGCAAUCGAAGCAACGGCAGCAACAGUAACAACAGCGGAAACAACGACAACAACAACAGUGGAGGAACUGGCUCACUUUUCGGCAGCUUUGGCAGCAGUCUUGGAGGUUUCAGCAUCAGUGGUAUGGCUCAUUUUGCGAACAUUGCCUUUGGCGGCGGCGGCGGCGGCGGCGUGGUGGCAGGAAAUGUGAGCCGCAGCAGUAGGAGUGGUCGCCAGCAGGGCCAGAGCCGGACGCACGCAAGGAUGCAUAACCGGCCCGUGAGGGCAGAGGCGGUUCGUGGCAUCGGCGUCCCUGAUUUGCACGGAAUCGGGAUGGGGAUGGGGAUUGGGAUGGGCAUAAGCAACGAGCGCGCCUUGUUUGAAGAAAUCAUGGGCACCAACCCGUUGUUCGAUCUGCCCGACCUCAACUACCAAAUGAACGGUGGCCUAUUCAAUACGCACGGUCGCAGUCACGGUCAUGGCAAUAGCCAUAGUCACCGUGACGUCCCUUACGGUGGUACUCGUCGAACAGCGUAUCCCGCUCCUACCACUGCCCCCGAAGGCUACACUCGCAGCACGGGCGAGGAUAUGGUGGCCGUCUGUGCCGGAUGCGACGUUGAACUGGCCUAUGAUCCCAACGAGAUGGGUCGCCAUGCUAGCGAACCGCCAAAAAAGAAGACACGCAGUCGCAAGGACCGCGAAGAGCACAAUUUCUGGGCCGCCACAGCGUGCGGUCACGUGUUUUGCAAAUCUUGUUACGAGAACCGGCGGAAUUGCUUGAAAAAGGACGCUGGCUCGUCAAUUGCCACAGGUGGAGGUGGUGGAAGCGGCGCUACCACAAAGACGGGGGUGCCGCCCGUGGUCUUUGUUGCGGAGGGCAAGACAAUUCUCUGCGCCGUAGAGAACUGCCAGUCGGAUGUCACAGCAAAGAAAGCAUGGGUCGGGCUGUUUGUGUGA